UACAAUGAACCUUUAAGACAUUAUACAUUUCUAAGGAUUACAAAUUUAGACUAGAUUUGGUAAUGUUGGAUAGUUCAAUCUCAUAAUCCCUACUCCAAAUUGCUUCAAUGGAGUGACGAGAGCUACCAACUUAUGCCACCAUUGAAUGAGGCCUCUUCUAUUGCAGCACUUCUCCUCAAUAAGUGCGCCUCUAUAACAUCAGCAACCAAAGCACGCCAGCUCCAUGCCCUCAUCCUCACUUCUAUACCCGCCACCUCGAAAUCUCCUUAUGUCUUCAACAACAUUCUUUCUAUGUAUGCGCGAUGUGAGUCCAUCCAAGACUCACAUAUCCUGUUCGACAAAAUGCCUGACAGAAACAUCGUCUCUUUCAACGCCCUCAUUUCUGCCUAUUCUCGAAAACCCCAUCUUGCCCAUUUGGCUUUCCGUCUAUUUGCUGAAUUGCAAAGUGAGAACCUAAGGCCAAAUGGGUUAACUUUUACGAGCCUUUUACAUGCAUGUUCAGGCCUCAAGAAUCAGAGAAAGUUUUUUGCUCCAUGCAAGAUAAAGAUUCUGUGGCUUGGAAUACCAUAUUUUUUGGAUAUUUGGAAAAUGGUAGGACCAUGGAAGGCCUUCAGCUAUUUGACAGCAUGUUGACUGCUCGAGUUAAUCCGACAAAUUUCACUUAUACAACGCUGUUGAGUGCUUGUAGCAGGUUGAGAGAUGGUCUUGCAGGGGAAGCAACUCAUGUUAAAGUAAUUGUUUCCGGGAUUGCACCAGAUUUGCCCUUGUACAAUGCGCUGCUCGACAUGUAUUCUAGUUGUGGUGAUAAUGAAGCAGCUUUGAAAGUCUUCGGAAAAAUAAAGAAACCAGAUCUGGGAUCGUGGAAUUCAAUGAUUUCUGGAUAUGCAAACAAUGGAGAUGGAGAGAUGGCAAUGACUAUGUUUGUCCAAUUUCGACAAUCAUCCCUUUUCACACCUGACGAGUAUACAUUUGCAGCUGCAAUUUCUGCUACAAGAGCAUAUCCAGCAGCUGAUUAUGGGAAACCACUCCACGGCCAAGUUGAGAAGGUGGGGCUCGGUCAAAGUGUAUACAUUGCAAGCACACUGAUAUCGAUGUACUUUUACUAUGGGGAAGUUGAGUCUGCUCAAAGAAUUUUCAUUAGCAUCCUGGAGAAGGAUGUUGUCCUAUGGACUGAGAUGAUUGCUGGACAUUGUAGGAAUGGUAAUGCUGAGAGCUCUAUUAGGUUUUUCCAUGGAAUGUUACAGGAAGACCACAAGGUUGAUGAAUUUACUCUUAGCAGUGCCUUAAGCGUGUGUGCUGAAGCGGCAUGUAUGAAGCAGGGUGAACUGAUUCAUUCCCUGGCUAUCAAAACAGGUUAUAUAGCUGAGAUGACCGUUUGUGGGAGUUUGGUUGAUAUGUAUGCUAAAAUAGGAAACCUUGCAGCUGCAGAGCUUACGUUUUCCUGUGUAACCACGCCUAAUCUAAAAUGCUGGAACUCAAUUCUCGGAGGAUAUGGUUACCAUGGGAAGGCAGAGGAUGCGUUUAAGGUGUUCAAUGAUAUUUUACAACAUGGCCUAAAACCAGAUCCUGUAACAUUUAUCUCUCUGCUUGCGGCCUGUAGCCACUGUGGAUUGGUCAACCAGGGUAUAUUCUUCUGGAAUUACAUGAAAGGUAUUGGUUUAGAACCAAGCCUUAAGCAUUAUUCUUGCAUGAUCACUUUGUUGAGUCGAGCUGGAUUUCUAGAGGAGGCUGAGAAUGUUAUAAUGGAAUCACCUUUUGGUGAUGAAUGCCUUCAACUAUGGAAAAUUUUACUGAGUUCUUGCGUAAGUAAAAGAAAUCAGAGCAUAGGUAUACGUGUCGCAAAGCAGGUUUUGAGGAUGGAUGCAGAAGACAGUGCAUCAAAUGUAUUGCUGUCAAACUUUUUUGCUUCAACUGGUAGGUGGGGUGGUGUUUCAGAUAUCAGGAGAAAGAUAAGGGAAUUGAUGUUGGAAAAAGAUCCUGGUCUGAGCUGGUUAGAGCUUAUAAACGAUAUCCAUGUGUUCUCUUGUAGUGAUCAUUCACAUCCACAGUAUGAUGAAAUAAGAGCUGAGUUGUCUAGAUUGCAAGGAAACUUAACACAGUCAGAAGCAACAGAUCAAUUCAUGCUAGAUGCAGUGGCCGUGUAAGUAGAAUCUAACAAGAAUCAGAAUAAUAGCUCAUUUUCAGCCAACCUCUUCUCCAACAUGAUACCUAGUAUAUAUUUUUGUCUUAACAGUUUGCACGCUUUUCGCUUCAAAUGACACAAACGGAUAAUUUAAAAAAUAGUCGAUUGUUGUUUUAUUUAAAA